AUGUCCCAAUCUCCCGAGAAUGCCGAGAACACGUGGAAGCAAGGCUUGACGGCCACUGAAAGAUAUGACAGUAUCCAGAAACUACAGCAGUUUGUGGCUGCGGCCGGGCUGAGUGAAAACGCAUUUGCUCUAGAGAAAAGCGCCUACGAGUCUGCACGCACCAGAGAGGAGUACGAUGCGUUUUGCAACCAGUCUCAUCUUGGAUCUUCCGAGGCAGAUCAGGCCGCUCAGGCUGUUGCUAACGAACAAAACGGACAUGACAACGCCGGGGUAGACCAUGGAGUCACAAUUGGUGCUUAUCCCAACUGCCACUACAUCACCAGCGGCGUGACUGCCGAUGUCUACAGAGCCGGAGACAAGGCACUCAAAGUCAUCGUUGAGACAAGAAACAUCGAGCCUCACAACCCCACGCGAGAGGCAAAGCUGUUGGGCCUCUUGAGCAAGUCCUGCAUCCCCCUGCUCGACAGCUUUCACGAUCACGAGCAGCGUCUGGUCUUGGUCUUUCCCUACAUGCCGCUGACCCUUGAGAGUCUACGGGAGCGGGUACCGCUCACCGACAGCCACAUCCGCAUCAUUUUUAGACAUGUGUUUACUGCUUUGGCCUCUCUACAUAGCCAGGGAAUUAUCCAUCGCGAUGUCAAGCCGUCUGCUAUUCUCCUCGAAUCCCCCACAGGGCCAGCCUACCUUUCCGACUUUGGCGCCUCCUGGCAUCCGACUCUCUCAGCAGCCACGGAGCCCGCAGACAACAAGAUUUUGGAUAUCGGUACCGGUCCCUACCGAGCCCCUGAAGUCUUGUUCGGGAACCACUCGUAUGGACCUGCUGUAGACAUGUGGGGGGCGGGCGUGAUGCUUGCUGAGUGCUGCAGAGAAGGGCCGAACAAGCAGCUGUUCGAGUCACGAGCUGCGCAUGAGGACGGAAACCAACUGGGUCUCAUUCUCAGCAUAUUCAAGACGAUUGGGUCGCCCACGAGGGAGAGCUGGCCCGAAGCCGUCAGCUUUAGGACGCCUCCCUUUGACAUCUACCGCACGUUCGAGGCUCGCUCAUGGGAUAAGAUCCUUCCAGAUGUAACCGAGGAGUGGAGAGAACUGAUAAGUGCUCUUGUUAAGUAUGAUAGUGGAAGAGCUACGGCCGAGCAGGCACUCCAAUACCGUUGUAUGAAUAAAGCGUGA